AUGUCCAACGUCAACGAAAAACCUAACGAGAUCAAGGCGUCUGCUUUGGAGCUCAUCGGGAAUACGCCCAUCGUCGCAUUCGACAGGCUCUGGCCGGGACCGGGACGCAUCCUGGCAAAAUGUGAAUUUAUGAAUCCUGGAGCAUCAAUUAAGUGUCGAUCUUCUCUUCAUAUGAUACAGAAGGCUCGCGAAAGCGGAGAGUUAAAACCUGGCGCGCCUGUUUUAGAAGUUACAUCUGGAAAUCAGGGGUGUGGCCUCGCUGUAGUGUGUUCUGUUCUCGAACAUCCCUUGACUGUUACUAUGUCUCAAGGUAAUAGUGCACAGAGAGCCAUUCACAUGGAUGCACUUGGAGCUAAGUGUAUUAGAGUUCCACAAGUCGAAGGUACGUAUGGCAACGUGACCUUGGCGGACGUAAAGGCGGCCGAGGCCGAAGGCUUACGGCUAGUCGAAGAAACCGGUGCGUAUUACGUAAACCAAUUCAAUAAUAAAAUGAACGCAGAUGCACAUUACUAUACUACUGGACCUGAAAUUUGGACGCAGACCGGUGAACACGUCGAUGCUUUCGUUGCUACAGUUGGCACUGCUGGUACUUUUGUUGGUACAUCAAAAUAUUUGAAAGAAAAAGAUCCCAACAUCAAGUGUUUUGUCGUUGAACCAAGUGGUUCUGAGCCGAUUAAGGGAUGUCCGAUUACGAAACCCUUACAUUUAUUACAAGGAUCUGGAUAUGGUUGCGUACCGAAUCUUUUUAAUUAUGACACUAUGGAUGGCACUCUUAGUGUAACUGAUGAGGAGUCCCAAUAUUAUAAAAAAUUAAUUGGGGAGAAGGAAGGGUUAUAUGUUGGGUAUACUAGUGGGGCAAAUGUUGCUGCUGCGGUCAAGCUGCUACAAUCUGGUAAAAUACCUAAAGAUUCUUGGGUCGUGACCUUGCUUAACGAUAGCGGCUUAAAGUACACUCCGGUGCCGGAGGAAUUGGCG